CCCCAAAAUCGACAAUAAAAAUCAACGACGCAACAACGACGCUACACCGUCGCUCCUGGAUCGCCAGGGUCAGAAACAUCGAAGUUUGGAAAAAAGAAUCGAAAAUCGAUUAAUCGGCAGUUCAAAACAUCGAAUGAAAAACAUUGAUGUUCGGGCAUGAAAAAUCGAUGUUUUCGAUUAAUCGACAAACAUCGCACAUCUCUGGAAAGAAACAACAGAAGCACGCAUAAACGAUGGCGGCGGUUGCAGCAGCAAAAGUGCAGGAAGUGCGCGAAAUCACUCGAAUCGAGCGGAUUGGAGCGCAUUCCCACAUUCGCGGCCUUGGACUCGAUGAUAGUUUGGAGCCUCGCCAUGUCUCUCAAGGAAUGGUGGGUCAGCUGAGCGCUCGCAGAGCAACAGGCGUAAUCUUAGAAAUGAUUAAAGACGGGAAAAUUGCAGGACGUGCCGUUUUGCUUGCUGGACAGCCUGGGACAGGAAAAACAGCAAUAGCAAUGGGUCUCGCUCAAGCCCUCGGUCAAGAUACACCCUUCACUUCCAUGGCAGGAUCUGAAAUUUAUUCAUUAGAGAUGAGUAAAACCGAGGCACUUACUCAAGCAAUACGUAAAUCAAUUGGUGUUCGAAUCAAAGAAGAAACUGAAAUAAUUGAGGGUGAAGUGGUAGAGAUUCAGGUAGACAGACCAGCAACUGGUGUUGGUGCCAAAGUUGGUAAACUAACAUUAAAAACAACUGAAAUGGAGACCAUCUAUGAUCUUGGUAACAAAAUGAUUGACAGUUUGAUGAAGGAAAAAGUUCAAGCUGGUGAUGUCAUCACAAUUGAUAAGGCAACUGGUAAAAUCAACAGAUUGGGACGAUCAUUCACGCGAGCCAGAGAUUAUGAUGCCACUGGAUCCCAAACACGAUUUGUGCAGUGCCCCGAAGGUGAACUUCAAAAACGUAAAGAAGUUGUACAUACAGUAUCAUUGCAUGAGAUUGAUGUAAUCAAUAGUAGAACUCAUGGUUUCUUGGCAUUAUUUUCUGGUGACACUGGUGAAAUAAAAUCUGAAGUGCGAGAACAGAUCAAUGCUAAGGUUGGUGAAUGGCGAGAAGAAGGGAAAGCCGAAAUUGUACCCGGUGUUUUGUUUAUUGAUGAGGUCCACAUGCUUGAUAUUGAGUGUUUCUCAUUUUUGAAUCGUGCUCUCGAAAAUGAAAUGUCACCCAUUGUCAUAAUGGCAACAAACAGAGGCAUUACUAGAAUCAGAGGAACCAAUUACAGAAGCCCUCACGGAAUUCCCCUUGACCUUUUAGACAGAAUGAUUAUUGUUCCCACUACUCCAUAUCAGGAGAAGGAUCUUAAAGAAAUCUUGAAAAUUAGAUGUGAGGAGGAGGACUGCGAAAUGGCUGAUGAUGCACUUACUGUUCUCACUAGAAUUGCAGCUGAUUCUUCGCUGAGAUAUGCAAUCCAACUCAUCACUACUGCUUCAUUGGUUAGCCGUAAAAGGAAAAGUACUGAG